GGAGGUCAUGAGAGUAGCUCGCCGCCAUGACGCCGAGCCGUCCGCCUGGGACGCAGGUUCAGUUGGGACGCCUCCCCCAUCCUCCCCUGCCAUCGCUGAUGCAUCUUGGGCUUGCUCUUGUCCUCAUCUUCUUCCUCCUCCUUGCCCUCCCCGCCCGCGCCGUGGCGCGCGCGCCACAUGGCGAGGCCAGGCGGUGAGGGCCCGCCAGGGAGCGUGGCCGCCCGUUCUUCGGCCACGCCCGCGGCGGCCGCGGCGGCGGUGGCCGCCGUCCCGGCGGCGGCCGCGGCGGCGGACUCGGAGGUGGAUGCCGACGUGAAAGGCGCACCAGAGUCUGGCGCAGCCGCUUCGACGCAGCCCCAGGCGGGAAAGUACGCGGGCAUGGUGGACCGCAUGGUGCAGCGCUGGGCCGGGGUUCGGCAGCCUGCCGGGCGGUCGCCGCGGGACGACCACACGCGCCAGACCACGAGCCGCGCGAAGAUCCGGGCAGAGCGUAUCGUGGGGCACGUCGUGCAGGAGAGCCCGCGUACGUUGCCGGUGUCGCACGAGUGCGACGUGCUCGGCCUCGGGCGGGGCCCUGGAGGCCUCGUCGGCG